UGUCUGUUUGCAUGUCUGAAUUAUGUGCACAUGCAUAUGUUAGUAUGUUUGUGUUUGUCUUUGUGUGUGUGAAUGACAUGGAUAAAUAUCAGAGGAAGAGCCUGUAAAAAAAGAUUGUAGAAAGAAGGAAGAAAGAAAGCAAGAAACAGAGAGGAGAUUAUAUGUGUUGGCUUUUGUUAAAUAAGCUCCAGUAUGCUGAGAUAAACGAGAGAGAGGAGGGAGGGAGAGAAAGAGUCGAUAGAAACUGUCUUAUCAUCGCUCCCUGGACUGCUGGGCUCAGCAGAGACAGAGAUAUAGACGCACACUCACACAGCCUGUCAGGAUCUGAGCUUUUACUCUCUUCAUCUUUCCCUUUCUGUCUGUCAGUUUCAAUUUCAAUUUCCUUUAUUGACAAGACAUGCAAAUAUAUAAGUGAAGCCAAAGAAAUAAAGAAAAACAGAGAGUAAAGAAAAGAAAUAAUGACUACAAUAGAAACAAGAUAAUAAGAAAAGAACAUCUUGUGUACACUGUAAUCUUCUAAUGUAUGAAGACAAUCAUGUCAGAAGCUGCAUGCAUGUUAAUUGUAUACAUAACAUAUGUUAUAUAUCUCAUCCAGUGCAGUUAGAUGUAAGUUGGCAGCUUAUUUGUUAUUUGUCUGUGUUCUUUUGCAGUAGCUGGUAACAAACUGAGGAGAGGAAGCUUUUUCAUCAGCUGGCAGGCUGUAAAACCUGGAAUUUCAAACUUUGAUAUUUAGCUCAUAAUGAGUUUCAUAUUUUGGGCAUAUGCAGAGGACGUGUCUGCAGGUGGCAGUGGUUGUGGAUGUGUAUCUCUGAUGGUUAAGAUGAUUUCAUGUAGAAACCUCUGUCCAUUUCCACUUCAUGUACCCUUACUUUGAAAAUUGGCUUUUGUUAAUUUUCUCUCCCUUUCCUCACUGUUUCUUUCAUAUACCUUCUUCUCUCACUCUGUCGCUCUACAGCUCCCUCUGCAUGUUUGUGCUCACGUGUGUGAAGAUGGCAGGUAUCUGCGCUGACAUCUUGUAAAUAUGAGAUUUAUUACACUUUCAGCUAACAAACUCUGAGAUCUGACUUUCCUUUAUUCUUCCGAUUCUUCAGAAUCAUCCAUGUGAUGUGCAGAACAUUGAAUAAUGGUGUUCAAUGUGCAUAUAUGAAUUUUUCAUGAGUGUGUCCACUGCUUUGGCUGUUUGUUUGUUCCUCCUGUGGUAAAUGUGUGUGUAUGUAUACUUGAAAGGUAGUUGUGUGUGUGUGUGCGUUGUGGUGGUAAUGAGGUCAUUGCUGUAGCAGGCAGGGGGGCUGCUGGCUAAUUCCAGCUGUAAUUAACAUUAGUGGGUCAGUAAGAGGUUAGAGGGUGAAGACAAAGGUUACUCCAACCAUGUUUGCUCCAAGUGUGUCCACUGCUCAGUAGAUCGAUAGGUGUUAGUUGUGUCUGUGGCUGUGCGUAUUUAUUUGUGUGUGUACAUGCAUGUAUUUGUGAGGGUGUAAAAAUACCUAAUAAUGUUUACGUGUAGACACGCCCGAGGUCUUAAGAUGUGUUGACUGGCUCCCUUGAGGAAAUGGACAUGUGUGCACUCAUGUGUGUGAUUUGCUAUUAGGGUCACCGCUCUAUUUGACACAGCUCUACUCCCUCCACUCUGUCUCUAGUGGAGCUGACCCACGCUUAUACACUCACAAUGAUGUCCAGACACAAAGGGAGGAACACACACACACACACACACACACACACACACACACACACACACACUUGUCCAAUUUCUUUGACUACUUGUGUAUGACAAGUUUGACUCAUUCAAGUUAAAUGAGAUGCCAGCUGUGUUCACAAACUGACGCUUUUUCAUACAAACUGAUUCAAAGCAGAAACAUAAUUUUUCGACAACAGGAGGUAUGAACCAUGACUCCAAUAAAUCAUCAUCAUUAGGAAUGAUCUCCACGGCAACUCGCACCACGGCUACUGUCAGUCCCCUCAGCCCGCUAACCAAUGGGAACGCAGUUGCCCAGUCUGCAAACUCGGGAUUCGCUGCUGCUCUUCGUAAACUGGCCAAACAGGCUGAGGAUCCCAGAGGUUCAGCCCUCAGCGGUGAGUCGUCUCCAGUCUCCUCCCCGGCCACCAGCCACAGCUCGCCAGUCACCACUCCAAAGCGGGGUUCUUUAGGGCCCCUCCUGGGUCAGACCAGGGGCCACGGUGUCCCCAGCACCCCUCCGGUAGUCACCAUUGCCCCCACAAAGACCAGCAACGGCCUGUGGAGGGCCGACGGACGACAGGUUGAGCCUGGUGUUCAGGGAAUCAGUCGGGAGAGGGUGGGUGCUGAGAACAGCCAGCAACAGCACGAUAAGAGGACUCCGCCCAUCCCUUCACCUCACCCACUGGCUCACCCCUUUGGCCUCACACCUAGCUCCAUCAUGCAAGAUCCCAGAAUACAGAGCCUUAGUUUGCCUGGGCAGAUGCACCCUGUGAUUCCUUCAGGUGCCGUCCCAGAGGAAUACCUGAGAGCACUCCGGCCCUUCGCCACCUCAGACGACCUUCGAUUGACCUCUUUACCCCUGAGCCUUGAUCCUGCUGCUGCUGCUGCCCAUGCUGCAGCUGCUGCUGCUUACUAUCAUCCUGCCUACCUGCACCACCCUUUGUCCUUACCAAGGAUGGAGGAGUCUCUGUGUCUUUCUGCGCUGCGGUCACAGUUCUACUCUGUGCCUGCAGGGGGCACCUUCCCUCCUCUACACCCCUCUGCCCUCCACUUGCACCUGCCUGGAGGCCGCUACCCUGGAGAAUUAAACCACACAGCGCUCGCUGAGAGGCUACAGAUGGAGAAUGAGCUCCGCCAGCGAGAGAGAGAGCAAGAGCGUGAACGAGAGAAAGAAAGGGAGCGCGAGGCAGAGCUGGAACGAGAGCGGGAGAGGGAGAGAGAGAGGGAGGAGGAGAGGGAGAGAGAGCGGGAGAGAGAGCUGGACAGACAGAAGGAGAAGCAGAGGGAGAGGCAGCAGCAGAUGGUCCGAGCGGCGGAGAGCCACUACCUGGCUGAGCUGCAGGCUCGGAGGGCGCCACCGGAGGACAGGGCCAGGCCAGGGGAGAGGCUGACCCCAAACAGACUGGAUAAACCCAAGGACUCAGAGCAUCCAGGUUUCCCAGCACCUAAACCUCUGCCCCUGCAGGCUGGCCUUCACUCUUCCAGGGGCUCUAUCCCACACCCAAUGCCCAGCCUGGUGCCUUCUCACCUGGGGAAGCAUCAUGCUGCUGCUCUGGCAGCCGCCAUGAUGACUCAAAGGGCCAACGAGGAGGCGUGGUUAGCACGGCAACGAGGACAAGGGCAGGAGAGGGAGGGUCCGCUGGAGCUGGGCCUCAGGUCACCAGGGAAAGGGGUGGAUCAAAGGAGAGACAUUUACAGAACCAAUUCAAUCCAUCACAACCCAGGCAGCAAAGAUGUACCCCCUUGCCUCGGUGCCCCACCUCCCCUUAUCUCCCCUAAAGGUCCCCAUCAUACUCCUGCAGCUCCAACUACACUGUGGAACCCAGCUUCCCUUGUUGACACACCUACAGACUCCCGCAGAAAACUCAACCCUCCUACACCACCAAGUCGACCGCCUCCGGGACUGACGAGAAACGACAGACCCUCGCUAAGCUGGGGGGAGAAGCUGGAAGACGGAGGCAGGAGGAGGGCAGAAGUCCCAGAGAGGUACCCCUCACUGAGGGCAGCUAGUUUACAGGAGUCCUGGAACAGGACUGAGCAGGACAGAGCCAUUCAGAGUCUCUACCACCGGCAUCACAUCAAUAACCUCCACCAGAGAUCCUGCGUACCUCUGUCGAUCCCCAGCACUGACCUGGGGGCACUGUGCCGGGAAGCCUCUCCGUCUCCGGUGAGGGAGCGACAGAGUCAGGCGCCCGACAGCAUGCUGGUGUAUGAUGAGGUUCUCCAGCAGCACCGUCGGCUGCUCAGCAAGCUUGACCUGGAGGAGAAGAGAAGGAAGGAGGCCAGAGAGGGAGGUUAUUACUAUGACCUGGAUGAGUCGUAUGAUGAGAGUGACGAGGAGGAAGUGAAAGCCCAUUUGAGGAGAGUGACAGAACAGCCGCCACUCAAACUGGACACGUCCUCUGAGAAAGUGGAUUUGCUACGUGUGUGUGGUCUGACCACGCUGGCCCAUCGCGAUGAGCUUCAGGCACAGAAGAGGAGGAAGAGGAGGAGGAUGAUGAGAGAGCGCAGCCUCUCUCCGCCGGCCGUGCGGGGCAAGAGAAAGGCCUCUUCACCUUCAACACCUACAAAUCCCUUAAGUACCCCAUACUCUGCCGAGCAGAUGGACUGCACCCCCGAACUGGAGGAGAAAAAAGACUUCCUCCUUAUGUUCAACCUUUCCCAUGUCAGCCCACAGCAGAGGAGAGAUAAGGAGAGGACAGAGGAGCUGCUGAGGGCCAUUCAGAGGAAGACUGUGACGUUAGACACUCUCAGAUAUAAUCCUUUACCUCCGUGUAGCAGUCCUCCUGCUCCCGCAACUGGUGACUCCUCCUCAGCCCCUCUGCCGUGUCAAUCAAAUGGACAUCUGUACCCAGACUCUCCCAGCCCUUCACCUCCUUACUUACAUAAACCUAAGCACCUCCAUAAUGACACAUUCAAACCCUCCAUGGACUCGCAGGUGGCCUGUGUUCCUCCACCCUUGGCCUCUCAUUGUGAAAAGGUUGAAUUCAUGGAGGCUCAGCCAAACAGGAAGCUCCAGGGGCUCCAGAACGGCGUUGUUGUUUCGCCUCAGAAAAAGGAGCUCAAUCUGGUGCAGAAUGGAAGGAAUCGACCCUGGGAGAGAUUCACACCUGAGGCCUUUGCUCAGCACUUCCACCAGGCUGUGCUGAAGUCCACACACAACACACUGCAGAACAAAGGAAUCUCAAAUUGUGUCCCUGAAGCUGGCGUGAAGGCUGAGCACUCAUUGGCUCACAACAUCUCUCACCCGAAACAUUCAAAUCUUACCCAUGCCCCUCAGCAUGCACACAUCAACGGCAAUCACUUCCAUUCUCCGGUGGCCAGGUGGGACACUGCAGCACCACGAGAAAACCUGUCUGAUGAGGACGAGGAAGAAUCUGGGCAGGAGGAUGAGGAUGAGGAGGAGGAGGAGGAAGCGGAAGAAGCUCCAAGGAAGUGGCAGGGUAUUGAAUCUAUUUUUGAGGCCUACCAGGAGUAUGUGGAUGAAUGGAGUAUAGAGAGGCAGGUUCUUCACAGUCAGUGUAAAAGACUCGAAGCACAAAACUAUAAUCUUACCAGAACUGCUGAGCAGCUCUCCCUCACUAUGGGGGAGCUGGUGAGUCAGAGGCAGAAAGUGAGAGAGGAGAGAGAGAGACUGCAGGCCCAGCUGGAGCACUUCAGGAGGUGUUUGACACUACCUAACAUUCACUGGGGCAGGGGGCAAGUCAACGGGCACACACCGAGGUGACCUCUGACAACGACUCUGAUGGAUUCGCCUCUGACAGCAAAGGAGAAGUAACAAGAACAAGAUGGACUGGAGCCAGGCCACUCUCUGCACUUGAAGCACUUGAAGGAGCCAAUCCUUGUCUUGUUACCUUUUCUGGCCAAUCAGUUAUGUUACCUGACUGGUUCCAGGUUUAAUUGAUUACCUGCCAUGUUUGCCACAGUAACAUCAAUCCACCAUGACCAUAUAGUCUGGGCAUUCCCACUUUCUUUGUUGCUCUGCCGAUGGACUGUAACAAUACUGUGUAGGCAAAACAGCGUCUCUGUAACGCUAACCACUCCCACUAGUCCCUGAGUUGGCUUUAAGGACUUUCCACCAUUUAACUCAUAUCAUAUCAAUUUCUGUGUAAACUGUAUUGAUCCACACUAAUGAGAUGUAUCACUUGGCACAAAUCUGUAGCCUCUCUGGACAGCAGUGAGAAGAGACUAAGUGUGCAGAGGUCACUUGGUUAAAACUCAGAGAAUGAAAAUUGAGUCAAGGAAAUCAAAGCACACCUCAGGCCUUAAACUUGACAGGAUGCACUUGAAAUGGAAUUUGAGGAAAUACUUGACCGUCCUCCGUGUGGUAUAAUGUUGUAGUGUCUACUGAGUACUGUAUCUGACAGAUGAAGCAGUUUUUGUGCUGGUAAUGGUUUUACAGAGGAUAGGAAACAUCUAAAAGAUAAUAUCUAUAUAAUGGCAAAUGGUAUCAGUGAAGUUUUUUUUUUUUGAGGUUUAAUACAUUUUCCAUUGGUAAUGUCACUUGUGAUAGACAAAGAAUUUUGUAUGUUUUAUUGUUUUAACCAUUUCUUGUGGGAAGCCAUAUGUUUUGAUUGAACUGCUGCUGGUCAGAAUCAAAAUGUUUAGAAAAUAAAGGGUGUUAGGACAGUUGUAUUUGGAAAUUGUCAUGUGAUGUCAAAAUGUUUAGGAGAGAACAAAGAAGAAAUAGGGAUGAAAGACAACAUGGCAACCGUCAGUAAUUGUUAUGGUUGUCAUUACCAUUGUUCAGAUGGCCCAGAGUCUGUCUCCUAAGCCCUUCACAUGCCUACAAAUGUCAACAAAACUUGAAGAGAAAUAAAAGUUUGGAUUUGAUUUCUUUGAUUUGACACUACACGUGUAGUUAGAUAAUUGAGUGAGACUACAGUACUUUUAGAUAUUCUGUCCAACCAUACAAAUGUUUUCGCCCUACCUGAAGGUGAUCUCAUAUGGCAUUAUUUAGAAAAACUAAGUUUCAAUUAAGGAGAUAGAAAAACUAAGUCAUUAUUCACCUUCACUUCAGGACUAUGUCAGAACAUAUAAACAGUGUCUUUUCACUUGAUACUCUUAGAGUACUUGAAAUUCUGUAAUUGUUUAUGGGCAACAUAGACUUCAGAAUGACACUAUCCUUCUGUGGAUAACAAACUACACCUUCUGUGGUCUUUGGAUGAGAUUUAUUUUUGUUCAAACCAGAUAAAACAAUGUCAGAAAAUUCAUAAUUUCUGCCUGUUUGCCUCUGAAUAUUGAAAAUCCCAGGAGACCUUUCCUACAAGCACAAACUAUAAUAACAACUUCCCCAAAUCACCUGACCUCCCUCCAUCACCUGCUCAGUCUCCUCUACAAACUUGCUGUGAAAUCCUGCAUAUUUGUUUCAAUCAGUUGUUAUGUAAUGUAUUAUUUGGGCUGUAUAAUUGCAAUGAAUUAUUUAUUAACAUAUAUUGCUGUACAUUCUGAUGGAAAUUUACAUUAAAAUAUUUGUAAAAUGUC